AUGUGGACCCUCGUCUCCGAUCCGCUGCCCACCUGGCAGGGGAACGUGGUCGGCAGCGCGGUGGAUGAGCCGGCAGCAUGUGCAUCUGGCAUGGUUUGGUGGUGGACGAGGCAGGGCGAGCAGCGGCAGCAGGCAGCGUCGACGUCUGCCGCGUCCAAGGGCUGUCAGUGUCAGGGCAGGGCUGUCUCGGGAGACUUCACUUGUGGAAGUGCAUCCUGGGCCUAG